UUUCUUUUCAAUUUAAUUCUAUUUCUUUGGAUGAUUGGUUGUUUAGAAAUUGUGUCGGGCGAUGUAGUGUAUAAUAAAGUAGGAAAACAAACUAAAUUAAUGAUAAUAAUAAAAUUUCAAGUUCUAAUGAUGUGCAUUUGUGAUAGCUAAUGAAAAAGAUUAUAUUUAUUCAUGAACGUAGCGAAAAGCAACAACAAAAAAGUGAACAAAGGCAAAGCGAUAAACGAGUCGGUAAAUUUUAAAAGCUAAGUUUAUCUUAGGACUUUUGAAUAUAAAAAAAAAUAUUAAAAACAAGAAGAUCUUUGUAGUGAAUUUUCUUUAAUACGAGGACUUUCUUUUGCUCAAGACUGCAGUAGUUAAUUGUGCAAAAUUUCGUGAACAACAAUUCAAAGGAAGAAUAAGGAUUCGAAAGCGAAAUGGCAGCGGAGGGUUUACGUCAGUGUCUGCUGCUAUGGAGCGUCGAUUAUUGGAACUUAGAAGUUAUGGCCGACGGCGCUUUCAAGUCGCGUGACAUUGGCUUGCGUGCCCAGAAGAAGAUCCUCUCGCGCAUGGCCACCAAGAAUAUAGCGAAAACAUUUAUUGAUGGUACAACCGCAUCGCUUCUUGAUAACUUAUAUCGCCUUUGUAAAAUGCAUACUGGCAACAAAGUUAAAGCGGAAAAGCUGAUAAAAAAUAUAAUAAAAAUUGUUAUCAAAAUUGGUGUUCUACAUCGAAAUAAUCAAUUUAGUGCCGAGGAACUGAAGGAUGCGGAAGUAUUUAAGCGAAAAUUCCAAAAUACCCAACUCUCGGUGAUUUCCUUCUAUGAAGUGGAUUACAGCUUCGAUCUGCCGUAUCUGCAAAAAUCCAUUGCCGAAUCACAUGCCGCCCUAAAGUCAAUUGUUCAACGACAUCUUACCGAAAAGUCGCUAAAUCGUAUCGAUGAAGUGUUCGAUUUUUUCAGAGAUACCACUCUAUUAGAGGCCGCCUUCAAACCCGACUCACAAUAUCGCGAAUUGAUGGGAAAGAUCGUCAGCGACAUAAAUACUGCCAUGGAAACGGGAGAUAUGUAAGUAGCUGCGCGAUGAGUUUGCUCACUCUACACGACACGCUUACUCAUACAUCUCAACGUCUCGUCCUAAGGACUGCAAGAAACUUUAAAUUCGAAAAGGUGCGAAGAUGUGUGAGCAAAUGGCAUAUAUUCAAGUGGAAGUCAGGUCGUUAGUAUGGAACAAGAAACCAAAAAUUAAUGUAAAAAUAAAUAAAAUUAGAAAGAAAAUGAAAAUGAAAAGGCACUUUUAUCAACUACGCUUGUUUUAAAUAUGGCUACAAAUAACACAUUAAAAUUGUAAGAAUUGUUAAUAAUUAUGUACGGAUAGCUAAAUAACAUACAUAUGUAUAUGAAAAAACAAAAUGAGACAGAUAUGAUAUUAUCGCAUAUUAUUUAUAGAUGAUCCUGAAGAUAGAUGUUGAUAAUAAUACUGAGAUCAUUGUCACUAAUGUUAACAUCGUUAUGGAUAACUGUAUUGAUAACAAAGACGAUAAUUUUUAUUAUAAGCUAAACAAAAAAAAAAAAAAGAAACAAUUUUCGAUCGAUUAUUUUUCUAUGGUGAUAUUAAAUAAAUAAAGAAUAAUAUUUGAAGACACAUUGAGAGACGGUUAACCUGCUGAGGUGUUGAAAAUGUGCGACAAGUUGUGAGGCGAUAGAUGAAACUCAGUGAUGAAUAUGUGAAACACGAAGAAUAUUUUCGUUCAUUGAAAGAUUGUCUUUGAAAUUUUUCAAUUACAGUGUGUCGUUGAUGAAACACAGAAGACCUUUUUUUUUCUUUCUUAAUAAGAGCUAGCAAUUAUUAUCUAAUAAACUACUUCAAACAAAGUAGAAAAUUACAAAUUACAACCCACAAUCGCUUAAGAUAUUUUCGUCCAAAGGACCCAAAGCUAAGCACUGUCCUUGUACUACGUCAUUCCAGAUUUCAUAGACCAAGUGUUAAAAGUUAUAGUCUUAAACAAAUUACGGAAUAUUGAAUUUCGUUCUUUAUACACAAUAAAUGCCUUGGAUACGGGAGCUCCAAAUGAAUUGAAUGAAAAUAUUCUUCGUGUUAACAGCAGAAUCGCAAUAUUAAUAUGGCGUCCUGUUUGAUUAUUGACUGCUGUAUGUUGUAUCAACUGUUUUGUUAUUAUGUAUUUUGUAGACAAAUAAGAUAGGAAGCUACUUAUUACAGCUACAGAUUUCCGUAAAGUAUUGUGUUUGUCAUGGCUGGAUGUACCAAUUCGUAAUAAAAGACAAAGAACCAAAUAAAUUAAGCAAAUCAACAAAUAA